GUGAAGAACACCACCUCACUGUGACACGCACGCACACAAACACACACUCUUCUCUCUCUACAUUCUGAUGUUCAGUCAAUCUCUCUCUCUCUAUAUAUAUAUGUAUAAUUGUAUAUGUAUAUCUAUUUGAUAUAUUCUUGAAUUUGCCCCUUUGUUUCUUUGCCUUUCUUCACGCUAUGUUUCUUGUAUACGCAACAACUUUGCAGAAACUAUCAAAUUCUUCUCUUUCAUCCAAAUUUUCACAGGAAAGGUUCAGUUGUUAGGACUUAAUUCGUUUGAAUCCAACAUUGGAAUCAUAAGUAAGCCCUUAAUUUUCUUGUACGUUGCAUUGUGGGUAUUUAUGUAUAUCAAGUUUUGGAACAAUGAGAGAAGAAAACUGCAACAAAAACAAGAUUUCAUGGCCAAAAACACUCAAGAAAUGGUUUACAUUCAAGAACAAAGCCGAAGACUUCCAUGCAGAUGACUUCAACCAUCGAGAUUAUGAUUUCUAUGAUAAGGAAGUGUGCAUCAUCAACAAAAACAGAAGAAGAGAGAGAUCAAACAAGAAGUAUGCUCCCCAAUUGAGAGAUGUCAAUGAUUAUAGGAUCUUUGUAGCUACAUGGAAUGUGGCUGGAAAAUCACCAACAAGUUCUGUAAAUCUUGAAGAUUGGUUGCAUACUUCACCUCCUGCUGACAUUUACGUUCUUGGGUUUCAAGAAAUUGUCCCUCUAAAUGCCGGAAAUGUCCUUGGAACAGAAGACAACGGACCCGCUAAAAAGUGGGUAGCCCUCAUUCGAAGAACACUAAACAGUCUUCCAAGAACAAGUUCAGAUCCUAAUUCAGAUUUUGAAGGAUCAAAAACAGAAAAGAAUCCAUCUUUCUUGAAUGGACCUUCAAGUUGUAGCAUGAGGGUAAUGAAAAGUGAAAUGGGUAACCCACAACCAAGGCUCACACGUGGAUACAGCGUCAAUGGUUAUGACCCGAAUCUUGGAUCUUUAGAUGAUGACAGUGAUCCAGAUAGCAUACACUCACACCUACCGUAUUGUGGUGGGAACUCUAGCUACUGUUUGGUUGCAAGUAAGCAAAUGGUGGGAAUAUAUCUUACAGUAUGGGUAAAAAAUGAUCUUAGAGAUGAUGUGUGCAACAUGAAAGUAUCAUGUGUUGGCAGAGGAUUAAUGGGUUAUCUUGGAAACAAGGGUUCAAUCUCAAUUAGCAUGUCAUUGCACCAAACGAGCUUUUGCUUCAUAUGUAGUCACUUGACAUCGGGUCAAAAGGAAGGGGAUGAGCUGAGAAGAAACGCUGAUGUCAUCGAAAUCCUGCGAAAAACAUGGUUUCCAAGAGUUGAAGGAACAAAAGAUGAGAAAUGUCCUCAAACUAUACUCGAACAUGAUCGAGUGAUAUGGCUUGGUGACUUAAAUUACCGGAUCGCCCUUUCUUGCCGAUCUGCAAAGGCUCUUGUUGAGGCGUGUAACUGGAGGGCAUUGUUGGAAAAUGACCAGCUUCGAAUUGAGCAAAGGAGUGGACGUGUAUUUGGUGGAUGGAAUGAAGGGAGGAUAGAUUUCCCUCCCACUUAUAAGUAUUCAAAUAAUUCGGAUAGAUAUGCAUGUGAUGAUAUACACCCUAAAGAAAAGAGAAGAACUCCCGCAUGGUGUGAUCGGAUCUUGUGGUAUGGUAGAGGACUUCAUCAAAUAUCUUAUGUUCGUGGGGAGUCUAGAUUUUCAGAUCAUAGACCCGUGUGUAGUAUAUUUAUAGCAGAAGUUGAAUCUAUCAACCGUUGCAAAUUCAAGAAAACCACAAGUUGUUCUUCCCGUAUUGAGGUCGAAGAGCUACUACCAUAUCUACAUGGAUACUAACACAGUGACAGUGACAGUGACAGUUUUGUACUGUGUUUGGCGUGCAUUGGACUGGCUCCUACCGGCUCUCGAUCUCUCUUCCGUGCAAAAGACGUGAAUGCCUCCUCAUCUUUUCCGAUUCGCAGUCAUCUUUUCAAGAACACAACAUGAAAACAAAUGUAAGUAAAAGAAUCAAGUCUGAUGCAUUGGCUGAGAGCAUGAAGGUGGCUUGGUUAUGUGGGAAAAUUUUCAUUCUUAUUUGUGGAUAUGAUAGGAAUUUGACAUAUUUACCUUGGUAAAUUGAUAGAGGAAUAGGGUAUGAGUCUCUUGGAUGUAACUUUACAUGGGUAAUAAAGUCAUUUUGUAUGAUAAGAGGUCUAGGUUUUGUUGAAGAUGCUGUUGGGUUUUUGAUGGAUUCUUUUGUACAGAAAAGUGGAAUUCUUAUUGCAGAAGUAAAGGGCUGAGGGCUUACAUUUUUUGCUCCAAAUAUUUAUACAAUAUACUUUUGAAAGUUGUACUGUGAAAAAGUUAAAGAUUGAC